AAAUUAUUGAAUUGUUUUUCUUAUUAGCAGUUGUCUACUCAAGUCUUUAGCGGCUUAAUUCUGUGUGGGAAAACCUUUGGUCAAAAUGAUGCGAACUAACGCUUAUUACAGUAGGCUGUGAAUGUUUCGGCGUGGAUUAACGUUAGCAGGCUUUUAAGAUGUCUCCAUCACUGAUUAGUGUUUAGAGCCACGUUCCAUCCCAGUCUACAUUCACUAUGCUGCAAGCAGAGACCCUCCAACUGCUGUGCCUCACAGCCACCAGUGGGGUCCCUCUGUUCUCACGAGGCUCCGCAAAGCAGCUUCCCUUUUCCAUCAUCGGCUCCCUAAAUGGUGUCCAUAUGUUUGGCGCCGGCCACGGGGCUCAGUUAAUGAGCUGUGAGACGGAUCGAGGGAGCCGUGUGGUUUGGGGGGUCUUUCAGGAGAGCCUGAUGCUGAUUGCGGUGAGUGGCGGCGGGGGCCCCGCCAUCAGUGAGCUGCAGCUGCGCCGCCUGCUGGAGAACGUGUGGAACUGCAUGGUCCUGGUCCUGGGACAGGACGAGCUGGCAAACAUACGCAACGUGGAGCGGCUAAAACGGGAGUUGCGCUCUUGCUUUCGCCUGAUCGACAUGCUCCUGGAGCGUGUCAGUGACGAACAGGGAUUUAUGGGAGAUCUGACGCAGUGUGCCGACUGUAUGCUUCUCUCCCACUCAGGCUUGCUUCAGGAAGCCCUAGACUCGUUUGCUCAAGCAGCGGAGAGUGAAUUUGGCUGCCUGCUGGUGCACGGCCGUGUGGCACUGGCCACGGAGAAGUGGUGGUCUCGACUGACGUCCCAGGAAGUUGUUGUGCUCUCAGUCUUGGUGCACUCGCUCUCCGGUGCAUCUUCAUGUGACUACCCCGUCUUCCUUCCCCAAGGAAGUCCUACCGUCGCCAUUCGCUUACUCAGUUUCCAACUACUUCCUGGAGUUCACGUGUGUGUCCUCUGUGGCCCCAAACCCUCUUUAUACAAGGCAGAGAAUGAGCUCAUCGGUCGUUUUUGGUCUACUUUUGUGGAGAACCUGCGUAGCUGUUUAGAACAGGCCAAACAUUCUACUCUCCCCCCGUCUGUUAGCCUUCGCUGGGACAUCCAGGCGCUUCUCCUCAUCAAUCGUGAAUCUCGACGUGCCGUCACCGUCUGCCCUCGUGUUCGCAGUGGAGCUCCUUCAGAGGCUACACCUCUCCUCUCGUCAGCCAGGCGCUUGGAGCUCCUCCGCCUUUUUUAUACAUUUGCCGUGACUCGUUAUUUUAUCUGUCAGGAGGCAUCAGCCUCGACUACCUCAGAGGAUUUCUCUAAGGGUUUUACUCACGUCCCUGUGCAGUGUUAUCUUGUCACAGAUGAGUGUAAGUGUUAUGGCCUGCAGAGUUCCCAACACCAGCUCUUCGUCCUCAUGGAUCUCUCUGUGCCCACGUUUGCCUUGCGUACUGUGGCUACACAGGCUCUCUCAGCAAUUACUGCUGCAACUGGUUUUUAGGAGAUUGGUUUGGACAUGUAUGAGUUACCUAACCAGGUACCAGACUUACUGGAUUUGCAAAAAUGAACAGCUCAAGCAUUAAUAGUAGGAUAGUUCACAUAAAAUUAAAACUCAUCAUUUUCUUACCCUCAUGUCCUUAUAUGACCUGUUUGAGUUUGUGUUUUCUGCGAAAAACAAAUCUUCCAAAAAUUGUCCAUAUAAUGACAGUCAUGUUAUGAAACAGCAGUGAAUCACAUUGAGAAAAAAAUGGCAAGCCAUUCUUCCAAAUAUCUUCUUUCAUGCUGACAUGCAGAUUUGGAACGACAUGAGGGUGAGUAAAUGAUGACAGGACUUUCCAUUCGGGUGAGCUCUCCCUUUAACUUUGAAUGAAAUUUGAACUAGCAAUAAAUGAUGUACACCAUUUAUUAAUAUUAGUUACUGUAGUUUUAUUUCUGCAUUUACUAAUACAGUUUUAUUUUUAAAGAAGUUUAUAGUAUAAAUUAAACAUUGAACAAUAGCAGAUUUAUAAAUGAACAUAAACCUAUAAUAACACAUUCUGUGUGCAUAAGUAUUAUUCAUUGUUAGUUUGUGAAACCAAAUGCAUUAACUAUGUUAACAAAUUAAACCUUAUUGUAAGUAAGUGUUACUAUUAAUUCUUAACUGUCACUGUUUAAGUACUUUCUUAGGAGCUGGAUGAAAAAAAAACACGCAAGAUAUAAACAAAUGUGAUUCUAGAAAGUGAAUGAAAAUAUAGACUCAAAAGCACUACUGUAUAACGGUAUAUGUGAAGCAUUCACACUGUGAUACACAUCCUUUGUUGUGUUAGUGUUACAAAACAUUGAACGGAAAAUGUGUUUGGCAUUGAGGACAAGCAUAACAUUAUUUUCAAAAGCUGUGUAUGUUAAUAUUCACUUAAUGACACUGGUGAACAGAUUAGUUUUAUAGUAUGUUUGAAUUUGUGAUGUGAAUGAAUACAUAUGCAUCUUUAGAUUUUUUUUGUUUCCUUGUGUUUCUGUUAUAUUUUCAUGUUUCAUGACCAACAAGGAAAUAAAAUCAUUCUGCAUUCUAGCAAAAAAAUCUGCUGUUAUUAUUUCUAAACCACAUUCAUGUUUUCACAGUGUGAUUUUUUUUUUCUUUUUUUCGCGUUUUAUUUGUAAAAAUCAGCAGAAAUCUGUGUAAUCACACCCCCUGCUGUCCAAUCGUAUUAUGUCCCGAGAACAGAGUCCUGUAUUUUUGUAACAAGAGUAGGUGAUGUAAAAGAAGAAAUAAACACUUGCAGGUUAAAUAAAGACAUGAUAUUGGGUGUGAGAAUUGAUGCAAUGAACAUUUUAAUGACAUGUUUACAUCUAUUUUUAAAUAUAAAUAGCAUUGUACAGCCAGCACAAUUGUUAACCUGCAAUUGCACGCAACAAUUGAGAAACUAAAAAAAAAAAGAUAAUGACAAAAUAAAUUGAAUGUGCAUGAGGUGUACAAAGGAAACAUGGCUCUUUUUAUUGGAUGCACUUAGGAAAGAAGUCCAAUCUUAGCUUUCUGUUAAACAUUUUCUUAUGAAGACUUUUCAGUAUGAAUGUCUGAAGAGGUGUGUACUGUUUUCACAGGAUAUGAAAUUUGCAGGCAACUAAAGUGCUAGACCUUCAGAGUUGUUUCAUUCAUAUAUAAUUAUCCAUUAACAAAUUCAACUUAUCACAUCUUCAAUUGGUGGAAAACAGUUUUCCUGAGUCACUCCUUCAAGUCAAAGGUCAAUGCAGUCUGAUUGACACAAAGCCGAAAAAUUCUUGAAGUACAGCCAAUAAGCUGUAUAAAAUAAUAAAAAUAAAUAUGGCAUGUUUUAUAUCAUGCUCUUCAACCUCACCCAGUCUCAUUAUCUUUGCUUUAAAGGGAUAAUCAGGGUUAAAUACUAUAGUUGAGAUCGGUGACAUGCCUAAAUUUGCAAAGACAAUGUGUUGAUAGAAAGGCACUCACAAUAGAAGUCUAUGGGGCCCCUGACAGUAGGAAUGUAACCAUCAACAGCCUGUUCCUCAUCUACUGAAAAACUAGUUUGAGUGUUAAAUCAGACAUUAUAUCACAGAAUAAGAGCAGCAGGCAUUGGCUUGUGUGUGUCUCUUACUUAAACUAUGUCCUAGUAACCAGCUUCAUCUGUCGUCAUUAAUCUUUAUUAAUACUUCUGAGUGCCUCUUAAUGCUUCUAACCACAUAAUCAGGGCAGUUACAGGUUAUCUAUUGCAGUUAAAGGAAUAGUAAAAUCUUACCUCUAAGAUAGGAUAAAUGGGAUAAUGUCAUCAUAGUCUGUACAAGUAUAUAUGCAUAUACAAAUAUUAACACUUUUAUUGGAAGGCUACUGUUUACUGUGCUACUGUUUACCUUUCUGUCCUGUUUGAAAUGUUUCUAAAAAAAUCUAGAGAUCUAGUAUGUACUUAACCCUGGACGCAUACUUGCGGUAACAUACGCCUUCACUUAAUCUACUUGAGAAAAUAAUGUC